GGGAAAUAUAACUACAACCUCCAUCUUUGCGCUGUCGCAAUGGGGAAAUCAGCGUCGCUCUGCAAUGCCUGUCCGCUCGCUGCUCCUACCAAGUGCCAAUGAAGUCAAUCCCUGCAGUUUGCUGGGCCUUCGCCAGCCUGCAGCCGCUGGCUGCAGCCCUGACCAUCGCCGAGAUCAACGGUAACAAGUUUAUCUCGCAAUAUUCGGGGCAAACGGUGACCAACGUAACGGGUCUGCUCGUCGCAAAGGGACCAAACGGCAUCUGGAUCCGCUCGACCACACCCGACAAUGACCCGGCCACCUCAGAGGGCAUCUACGUGUUCAGUAACACUGUGGGAGCAAAUCUGACCGUCGGUGACAUCGUCACAUUGGACGGGAGAGUUCAGGAGUACAGGUCAAACGCCAAUUACAUUUACCUGACCGAGAUAUCGUCCCCGCGGAAUAUCAGGAUACAGUCAUCUGGUAACACAGUAUCGCCCCUCGUCAUUGGCCAGGACACAAUCUCGCCGCCGACAGUCCAGUACAGCAGCCUGGAUGGCGGAGACAUUUACAACCUGCCCAACGCCGCGGCCAACAUAUCCGCCGUCAAUCCUGUGCUGGAUCCCACCAACUAUGGACUGGACUUCUGGGAGAGCCUGUGCGGUGAGCUGGUUACAGUGCGGAACCCCCGCGCCAUCAAGGUGCCGAACAGUUACGGCGACACCUGGGUAGUCGGAGACUGGGCUGUCACCGGGACCAACGCUCACGGUGGUGUUACGAUGUCUGAUAAGGACUCCAACCCGGAGGUCAUCAUCAUCGGCUCCCCACUUGACGGCACCAACAACCCUAAGGGGUCCAAAAUGGGAGACCAGUUCGAAGACAUCACAGGAGUCGUGACGCAAGCCUAUGGUUUCUACGCCAUCCUACCCCUCACAGCGAUCAAGACUACUGUUCCCGCAUCAGCCGCUGCCGAUCCCUCUCCCUUCACCAGCCGCAAGCACUGCAAAGCCAUCACGGUUGGCAGCUACAACGUUGAGAACCUGGCACCGACCUCUGCGCAUCUCCCCAAGGUGGCCGGCCAUAUUGUCGACUACCUCAAGACGCCUGACCUCAUCUUCAUUCAGGAAGUCCAGGACGACAGUGGAGCCACAAACAACGGCGUUGUCAGCGCCAACAAGACCCUCACCACCUUGGUCGACGCAAUCAAGGCGCUCAGUAACGUAACUUACGCAUUUACCAACAUCGACCCCGUUGCCAACCAGGACGGCGGCCAGGAGGGAGGCAAUAUCCGCGUGGCAUAUCUUUACCGUCCCGACGUGAUUGAUCUGUACAAGCCGAACCCGGGUACGGCCCUGGAUGCAACGCAGGUGACGCCCAGGAACGGAAAGUGCUCGAAGGCGCCAAUGCUGUCGUUCAACCCCGGCCGGAUCGACCCUACAAAUGAUGCAUGGACACGCAGCAGAAAACCGCUCGCUGCCGCGUGGAAGGCCAAGGGGGCAAGGAAGCCGUUCUAUACCGUCAACGUACACUGGUCUAGCAAGGGCGGUGGUACGUCUCUGCAUGGGGACAUGAGGCCGCCAGUCAAUGGUGCCGUCGAGUCGAGACUGAAACAGGCGAACGUCACCGGGUCAUUCAUCGCGCAAAUCAUGGCCAUUGACCCAGAGGCCAACGUGAUUGCAGCCGGCGACUUCAACGAGUUUUCCUUCGUCAAACCGAUGAGCGAUUUUUCGGCCAUUUCCAAGAUGGUUGACCUCGACGAGGCUGCUGGGCUUCCCAUCGCGGAGAGGUACACCUAUGCCUAUGACAUGAACGCCCAAGCCCUCGACCACAUGUACGUCAGCCCAGCGCUGGCAAAGAACAAGCCCGAAUUCCACCACAUCCACGUCAACUCGUGGGCCGCUGACGCCGAUGUCGUGUCGGACCAUGACCCGAGCAUUGCACUGUUUGACCUUUGUGGACAUUAAUGUUAAACUUAAUACGACGGGGUUGGUGGUAUAUUCAAUGUCAUAUCGUUAUGAUGUCCUGUAAAUAGACUCUCUUCUGGGUAUCAGCGCUGCUUGCUUGAAAUCUCAUGAGCGAUACUGAGUAACUGAACAAUGUCAAGAGCAUGGCCUGCUCCAUCU